CCACUUCAGUGAGGCAGAGCUGUGGCCAAGGACAAGGAGAAAAUGCAACGCAAGAUUGAAGGCUUCUUCUUAUUACUUCUCUUUGGCUAUGAAGCCACAUUGGGAUUGUCAUCGACAGAGGAUGAGGUCGAGGACCCCUGGUACCACAAAGCAUGCAAGUGUGAUUGCCAGGGAGGAACCAAUGCUCUGUGGUCUGCAGGAGCUGCCUCUUUAGACUGUAUCCCAGAAUGCCCAUAUCACAAGCCCCUGGGUUUCGAGUCAGGGGAGGUCACACCAGAUCAGAUCACCUGCUCCAACCCAGAGCAGUACGUGGGCUGGUAUUCCUCAUGGACAGCAAACAAGGCCCGGCUCAACAGUCAAGGCUUCGGGUGCGCUUGGCUUUCCAAGUAUCAGGACAGUAGCCAGUGGCUACAGAUAGACUUGAAGGAGAUAAAGGUGAUUUCGGGGAUCCUUACCCAAGGACGCUGUGACAUAGAUGAGUGGAUGACCAAGUACAGCGUGCAGUAUAGGACUGAUGAACGCCUGAACUGGAUUUACUAUAAGGAUCAGACUGGAAAUAAUCGGGUCUUCUACGGAAACUCGGACCGGAGUUCCACAGUCCAGAAUUUACUGCGGCCCCCCAUCAUUUCCCGCUUCAUCCGACUGAUCCCUCUAGGCUGGCAUGUCCGAAUUGCCAUCCGGAUGGAGCUGCUUGAGUGUGCCAGCAAGUGUGCCUGAGGCCUGUUUUCAGCUCAGUCAGUCCUGCCACAAUAGGGAGAGCUUGGUGGGGGUGGGGGGCCCCCGACAUGCCAUUGUGAUGAACAGGGCUGGAGAUUAUAAGCACUUCCAAAUUCAGAUCUGGGUAGAGAAUAUUUCAUUUUUCAAAAGAUAUAGUUUCCAAUUUCAGUGGAAGAAAGAAAGAAAAAAAAGAGCAUUUCCUCAACUCAGCCAAAGAAAAUAAGAACAAAGAAAAUAUCCCUCAAACCAAUUUUCUUCCAUAAACCUAAAUAGCAAGGGUAAUUUGCUGCUCUCGCUCCCUCUCUCUUUUUCUUUUUGUCUCAGUGACACUGUCAAAGGUGCAGACCCAGGGGAACACAAAGCAGCUCUGAUAAUUUGAAAAUUCUUUUUGGCUCUUACCACAUUCAGAACAGGAGCAUACGAUUUUGCAAAGCCUCACAUGAAUGCUGAAGGCUUGCCCUUAAAACUUUCAUUAAAUCCCGACUAGAGAGGACUGGAGAGAAGCAGGCAGGCAUGAAUAAAGCAGAGGGGAGCCUUAGCAUAGCCCAAGAGUCCGUAAACAGCAACCAACCAACCAACCAACCAACCGACCGACCAGUCAAGGCUUCCCCCUCUUGUUUUUGCCUGGAAGGGGUUUGGGCUUUUAGCCACAGACCUGAGGGAAUUAGGGCCGGCUGGAGUUCCUUUUACAUAGAGUUCCAGUCUGCGACCCAUUCAGCAAG